AUGGACCUACGACCGCCUUCGUCCCCCCGACCGCAUGCGGCGUUCGCGGUAAUGUCGAGGCUGAUAUCCUGCUUGGUGACGGAGCAGAUCCUUCGAGCCUUCUACAUCCCGUUCAAUGAACCUGUCCAAGAGGCGGUUGGCUUCCUGGUUGUCCUUUCGGUCCAACUUGUCUCGGAGAAACCUAUUCUUCGACGCGCUCUUCGCUCGGAGGAUAUAUUCGUUAUGGUUCCCUUGCACCAUCUGCCAACAUUCAAAGACCAUCGAGUCAGUAAGCAGGACCAUGGACAGCUCGUGGGUCUCGUGGAUCCCUUGGACAUGCUUCCAUAUGUGUACGAGUUGAAGAAAGAAACGGGUGAAGAUGUCGCGGAUCCCUUCGUCCAAGCGAUUCAUGCCUGUCUCCUCCCGCCUCCUUGGGAUUUAAGGGGGCAAGGGAUGCUGCGCCGUGUUGAAGAACCUGUACAUCUGUGGCAGAGGUUCGCGGAUGGUGUCUUCAUACCAGAGAGCCUCCGUGACGUGAUCAAAGGCGAAAUACAAAGUUCCUUCGACUGGCAAGUUCGGGCUUAUCAAAAUCCACCGACAUGUCCCGGUAUCGAUUCCUCUCCGAUAACUUGGGAGCAAAGCCUCGUUGCAGGUCAUCCUACACAUCCGAUGCACAGGGCCCGGAUGCUAGCUUCCAGCCCUCAGGAUUAUGAUUGGUAUCGCCCACGCAUUCGAUUCGUUCGUGUUCCUCGAUCGGAUAUCGAUGCACUCGGAAACUUUGUGGAGCUUAGCAAGCUCCUUGUCGCCAGAGCGUUCGAAAAGGCAGGGCACACGUUGGACCAAGAUGAUGCCUUUAUCCACGUGCCCGUCCAUGAACUCCAGAUUGAGAACAUCCUAACCAGAUUCCGGAACGUAGAGGUCCUUGAUCCUACCAUAUUCCUGCCAGCGCUGGCUCAAUCGAGCAUCAGAACCGUUGUAGUACCUGACUUUCCGGGGAUAGCCCUCAAGCUCGCUGUUGGUGUAAAAAUAUCUUCGUCGCUGCGCACCAUAUCCCACUUCACUGCCAACUUUGGACCUCGUUUCUCUACCGACGUUGUCCCAAAAUUGGCCGUCGACCCGAACAUAUUGUCCGUGGAACUCGAGCCCGGUAGCGCCGUAUACCAUACCUCAGAUCCAGAAGUUGCAAAGCAUUUUACGGCUGUGAUUCGAGAGGAAUAUCAAGCGCCUGAAGAAGAAACCCUCAUUGUAUGUGCUGCAUUGUUGGAGACAGACCAUGCUGGGACACCCUCCGACGUUUCCGCUGUCCAUUAUGCGUUCGCACUCGAUACUCAAGAAAAGCGAGAGGCUUUCUUGGAUAGAUAUAUUCAGCUGGCUUGCAGAGCACUGUUGCCUGCGCUCAUUAAAAACGGUGUCGCAUUUGAAGCGCACGCUCAAAACGUGCUUGCUCGUUUCGACAAGAUCACGAAAGAGCUAAAAGGUUUUGUGAUUCGUGAUCUUGGUGGUCUUAGAAUUCAUCCGUCCACUUUACGCGAUUCAACUGGCGUCGAUUUCCAGUUCCUUCCUGGGCAUUGCGUUGCAACCGAGACUCUUGAAGAAACAUUCCCCAAGUUCUAUCACACGUUUGUCCACAACCACAUCCAGCGUCUCAUAAGGCUUCUCGGGUUGCACUACAAUGGCCUUGGAUGGGAAAUGCUACGCAAGCAUAUGGCCGCCGUUAUUCCGAAGGAUCACCCAGUGUGGGCUGUCUGGAUGGACCCUAGAAGUACCAGCGUGAACUCGAAGUGUUUGAUGAGGAUGCGGAUGCGCGACUCCUAUCGAGAUAUGGUUUACAGUCCAUACCCGAACAUGAUUCAAUUCCGAUCUGCACCUGACCAGGAGCCCUGUGAUGACGGAUGGUCGAAACGCGUCUUUCUCUUGUUUGACCGAAUACGUUCCUUUAUUACUAUGUAUCGGCCUACAUAG